GCAGCGAGAACGCUAAAAGACGCCAAUCUAAGAACCAUUGACCGGAUAUCGGCAAUCGAUCCAGCAGGUCCGAUAUUUGAACACACCAUUUGGGGGUUGGGGUUCGUUGUCAAUAGGAAGAAUACUUUGAGGAAAGAAGAUGCGGCAUUUAUCGACGUCAUUCAUGCAAGCAAACUACUGGGCAUGCGAGAGGAAGCGGGCCAUUUGGAUAUUUAUAUGGAGGAGAUAGGCUGCAGCUAUCAGGAUAUUUGCGAGGACCACAAGGCCUUCACAGCUUAUAUAAAAUCCAUCACAACGUGUUCCCAAAUAACGUGCCCCAGGGAUAAGAUAGUCGCUGUCUAUAGAUACAUAUAUGCAUGCAAAGUUGAGUCUCCUUCUGAACUUGCCAGUUUGGGGUACUUAGCAGAUUUGUAUAGCGCUCGAGGACGUCAGACGAUUAAGUUUGACCUUGAUUACCAAUUCAGUGCCAACGAUGACCUUUAUAAAGCGACAUGGCCUUGUACGUCCUUGUUAAAUGUGUAUCUUCCAGCAAAAGACAGGCUUUGCCACAAACCUCCGACUUCUACUAACCCGGAUUGCAGGUUAAAACCUUAUUCCCCUUAGUCCCCGAUUUAUGAUCAAGUAGAUUCAAUUACAUACAUCAUGUGGAACGAUGAAAGUCCAGUUGUUUCCAAACGAAUAAAAGAAAACACUACAACAGCUGAUGCCGUCCACACUGAUGCAUCAUCUGCCGAUGGUCAUUCCAAAGGAGUUUUAGCAUACAGCGAAAAUGGCGGAUUUUUAUUGUCCCACUCCAUCCCACGAUUUCCAUCGGAUCCGUAUACUCAGUACUCGUAUAAAUAUCCUCCAAGUGGGAAAACAAAUGCCCAACUAGCCACGUGUGUAUCGUCAAAACAGGACGAUAAUUUUUUUGAGGAAAUGAAAAUUUUGUUGGAUAUGAUGAUAACAUUUAAGCCACAAGUUUACGCUUCGCACGUUUUUAUUUCUUGGCCGGUCCAGGUACGAAAUAAGUGUGAGAAUUUAAUCUACCCAGGAAAUCAAAACUUGGGUAAACCACUCCAUUAUUAUGCGACGUACGGGCAAAAUUUAAUAAAAAUACACUCAUUUAGUCGGUCAGAUUCAAAAUCGUAUGUAGAUUGCUUUCAAACGCUGGCCAACCUCUACCAAACGUCAAUUUAUGCUCAGGCAUGGCCUGAUAAACUCAGGCCUUUAGACUCAAAUUGUGAUCCGCCUUUUACUGUAGAAAAUAUAAAUGCCAUAAAAGUUGGCCAAUGGGGCAAAUGGAGUCAAAGUAAAGACCACGCAAAAUGGAUUGUACCAAAAAUAACUCCUUCUUCCUCGUCUUAUUUUAUAUGCGGGGAGAUUUAAAUAGAGCUGUGAGUACUAUAGUAAGAGGUGGCAUGUUCGUUUGUAUUCAUGAUGAAGCGUUUUAUCGUUCUUUUGUUCAGAAUAUCAUUUUUGAAUGUAAUUCUUGUUCAGAAACAAAUUGAUCAAAAGUAGGUAGCAAAAAGUACAGUAAAACUCUGAGAUACGGCCCCCUGAUAUAGUUCUUCCGAGAAUUGACGCCACGCCGAAAGCAGGAGUAAAAGGAGCUGCGCGUGGUGAAUGGCGGCCGCUCAGGUGUUAACAAACCGGCCUAGUCUCGGAGUUUUACUGUAAUAUAAAAAUAAUGCCAUGUAUUUUAUGCGUUUUAUAUUUUAUAUAUUGAAAUAAAAGAGACCUAGUAUAGCGUGUGGACAAAGAGGCAGUGUGCGCGUACUCACGCGCAUAUAUUGCGUUUACGAAAUAGUUAUCAAACGGCCCUGAUUGUGCAAGUUCGGACGGACUGGAUUUAGUUUCCAGGCUACUGCAAGCAAUGCCAAAAACCGUAAUUAUAUCUAGCCUCCAGUGUAUUACUGUUAUACUAAAGCCAUUUUAAAGGUUCAGAAAAAUUACAUUUAACUCUGAAGAUAUGCACCCUCAGUUUUCGCUAUUACUAGAACUUGAGGCCUCGGACUCUUCCGAAUUGAUAGUCUAAAUUGAACGGGACUCGUUCAAGGCGUGCGGCAUGUCGCGUAGCGAAUUGUGAAUUUAGAAUUAUAGUAACAGCACCACCUUGACUCAAGUAGAUUUGAACUUCAGUUUCCGACAAGCUCUCGAGCAGCUAACUUGUUUUUGGAUUAUAACAGACGUAGUUUAAUUUAUUUGGUGACAAAGGCAGAUUGUGAACUUGUUUUAGUGACAUUUUUAACAGAAUAUAUGUUAUUUAAUACUUUUACGUAAUUCCUGGUGUUAUUUAUUGUAACUAAUUUGGCCAUUUAUUAAGGCUCGAAAAAAGACCGCAAUGAUUGUUCCUGAACCCUUGAAACUUGGAGUUAAUUUUUACCAAAGAUACAGAAGUAGACGUUCGAUUCUCGAAUUAAUACCAGGCUUGUGGAAAGUGGGCGUAGAUAAGGAUCACGAGUACGUUCUUGGAGUGGUAGAAAGUUCCCCAAAUGGAUAUAUUUUGUGCCCUUUGAUAGGCCCUAGAGCGGAGUUUGAAAAUGGCCAAGGCAGAGUCGGCAGAGUUAAAUUACGCAUACAUGACGUCAGUGCCAGUGAGGUUGUACCAAUAUACAAGAACGAUCCUCUGAAUCAUAUGUUCUUCAAGCCAUUGAAUGAAGAACACAUCCGCAUUGGCGAGAUACGCGGAUAAUUCAACAGGGUAUAAAUUGGCAGUACUGACGGCGAGUUGGCACACUUAAAAA